AUGCUGAGUUCUUAUUCUGAUCUUUUAAAGCAAAUCACCAAAAAAAAUGUUGACGAACUGAAAUUUCUGGAAAAUCAGAGACGUUUGCCCCGAUUCGAUUACAAGAUCGCUUUUGAACUUGGAUUGAAGUUGAGAGAAUGGGCAAUUGAAUCGUUCCCAUCAAAAUCGAUGGUACUGGAUAUUUCUUUACCCUCUGGACAAUGUCUUUUCCACACUACGACUAACAACGACACCUCUCUCGAUAAUGAUAUAUGGGUAUCGAGAAAGAAAAAAACCGUUACAAGGUUUGGAUGCUCGAGUUUUGUGAUGGGUCAAAAGUUACGGGCCAAAAAGCUAGAUAAAAUGGAAGACGCUUUUUACAUCGAUUCCAAAGAAUACGCAGUCCAUGGUGGUUCAGUCCCACUUUAUGUCGAUGGAGUCGAUUCUUUGGUUGGAAUUUUGACAGUCAGCGGUUUGAAGCAAGAAGAGGACCAUUCUUUCGCUCUCACUGCUAUCGCAGAAUUUGUCAAGUCAUUGGAACCUUCUGAGUUAGACUUGGACUGA